UGGUAGCAGGAGCUGUCCUAGGCUUCAGUCUACUUCCUCAGGUGCAUUUGAGGAAUAUAAUACGCAGAGAGGUCUUAUGUAGCCCCUUUGAGGCUCACUGAAAGGAAGGAGAUGGCAGCAGAAGCUUUUCUAGACUUAAAUCUACUUCCUCAGAUGCAUUUAGGAAUAUAAUACGCAGAGAGAUAUUAUGCAGCCCCUUUGAGACUCACUAAAAGAACUAAGAUGGCAGCAGGAACUUGCCUAGACUUCAGUCUACUUCCUCAGAUGAGUGGCCUGAAGGGAUUAUUUAGUAACAACAACAGAAACACGCCACCAAGUAUCUGAAAACACCUGUUAAUAAAGCAUUUCCUGGUCAGUAUCAAGUCUUUUCACCACCACCUUUCUAAUGGAUGAAGCACACUUGAUGGUCUGUGAAGAGGCAAGACAUGGGUCUUCAGAAGAGCACCACUGAAGUGGCAGUUGUAUCCUUCCAUGAUGUAUGGAAUCGCAGCUUAUGCCAGCCCAUGGAAAAACUGGUCAAUAUUGUGUCCGAAUACCCCAGUGAAGUUGAGCAUGUAUUCAGUCCUUCCUGUGUACCUUUGCACCGCUGCAGUGGAUGCUGCCGAGAUGAGAAGCUCCAGUGUGUCCCAACAGAGACUGCCAAUGUCACCAUGCAGCUUGUGAAGAUUAAUUCAGAGAAGCCUACCCCUUAUGUGGAGCUGUCUUUUGUGGAGCACAGGAAAUGUGUCUGCAGGCCACGGCAAGAUUCUCUGAAAUCAGAGAGGAGGAGGAGACCCAAGGGACGCAACAAGAGGAAGCGGGCAAAGCAGAGAAUCAAAAAUUGAUCUCUAUGUGUGCUGUUUGAUGAAGAUGGUUGCAUUGUCAGCAUGUGGCAUGGCCACGAUAACUGCAUUUAUUACUCGGUCCUUGACAAUUUUGUACACAUGAACCAAUUGCAUUUUUGACUGAUGAAUUCUAGGGGACUCACAGCAGCUUACUUGCUUGCAACUCCUGACCACAAAAGGGAAGAACUGAGACAACAUUGCAGUAGAAAUAUAUCAUGCCAUUAUGAAGGACAUGCUUAUUAUAAACACAUAAGAGGAUGUUGCUGUGGAGCCAGGUGACUGCAGAAGUUUGACAGGAAGCUGUGUCUUGGUCUAGAUCUGUGCCCCAUGUUGUUGUGUACCUUCAAGUCAUUUCUGACAUAGUGACCCUAAGGCAAACCUAUUAUGAGAUUUUCUUGGCAAGAGUUGUUCAGAAGAAGUUUGCCAUUGCCUUCCCCUAAGGCUGAGAGCAUGUAACUUGCCCAAGGUCACCCAGUGAGUUUCAUGGCUCAGCAGGGAAUGGAACCCUGGUCUCCAUAGUCCAACACUUGAACCAAUAUUUCACAUUGAUAUCUGCAGAACAUGGAUUAAAAUGGAAGCAUAAGGAAAGAAUAGUUGUCCUGGCUGACAGGAACAACAUUAUGUAGUUUGAAGAACCAGCUCAGGACUGAAGCUAGACUGUCUGGAUACUACAACAUCCUGUUUGGAACUGAGAUGUAAAAACUACACAAAACAAGACAGGUUUGAGCCAAGCUCCACCAACUAUUGGCUGAGUCUUGUUGUUUUCCUUAAACCCUGCUGCACUCAAAACACUGAUGAUGAAGGACUCAUAUUUCAGAAGAAACCAUACUUCAUCAGCCACAACACAUCUAACAAGACCUUUUGCUUUGAUGAAUGGAUGGGCUAAGCUAAGGUUUCUUGUCAAGGAGCAUCCUGGAAAUUGUGAAAAGAGCUUUUCCAUUCAGAGGCAGCAAGUCUUGUUCCAAAGGAAGUUCUAGCAUGAAGCACCGAAGCCCAGGAAAAAUGGAGAUGGGAAGAGGGAGGACAGUUAAUGUAGUGUUCAACUUCUUUUGUGCUUAGUACAUAAGUAGCAUUUCUACAUAAGUAAUUAUUUGACUGGAAGAAUCAGUUCUGUAAGCCAUGCAAAAUUAAGAGUCUUGAAUACUCCCAAAUUCUAUUCUAUGGUGAGAUCCAGACCAGCGCUUUGUGCCGGCCUGGCCACUUACUAGGGUUGCCCAGGGGCAGAGCAUCCACAUGCCCCGCAACCCUAGUAUGUGGCAGCGCCGUAAUCAUGGUGGCCUCCCACCUACAUGGGCACCGCCAUGAUAAUGUCAUGCACGUAUCGCAUCCAAACGGCACGGCAUGUGAGUGACAUCUCUGUGCCACCCCAGGCUGCUUAGAGCGGCCUGGCUGCAGUGAGAGAAGGAGCUCCAAAACAGAGCUCCUUCUAGGCGCGUGCCUCAUUCCCACAGCCACCAAACAGCUGCGGGAACUACGCCAGGAAGAAAGGGGCCGAGUGGUCCCUUUCUCCUAUGGCUGUGGCUCCCGGGGUGUCCAGGGGCAUGGUCCAGAAAAACUUCAGAUUGGGGCCGUAGGGCUGCCGGUGAGGCUGCCCUGCCCCCAACCCAGAGCUAAAAGGGGCGGGUGCAGGCCAACCCAAAGGGGCGAUAUGUACCACACCUGUAAUAGUGUUCAGAGUAAUUUUCUCCAAUAAAAUUACAACAGUAUCUUUGCUUGGCACACAGAGCUUGGAAAAGUUACUGUUUUGGACUACAAGAAUUUCUCAGCUAGCAUAGCCCCUAAAAUGAGGAUUCUGACCAGUGUAGUCCACAAAGUAAUUUUUUCUAAAUUCUGUUUUACAUUACAACAGUUGUGCAGAUUUUUAUCAAUGAAGUUGGCUCUGAAGUGGUUUGAAUAGACUUUUACAAUAUAACCAAGUUGAGAGUCCUGGUCUAACCCUGUCCUUUUGGCCACUUACUCUCAAACAAGUUGGUUCUCAUCCAAAAAGUGACACUUUAUCAUACCAUGGUUGCCAAUGUUGUUAUUGUGUGUCCUCAAGUUAUUUCUGACUUAUGGCAACCCUAUCGUAGGCUUUUCUUGGUAAGAUUUGUUGAAUGGGGUUUGUCUUUGCCUUCCCUUGAGGCUGAGACAGUGUGAGUUGCUCAGAGUUACCCAGUGGGUUUCCAUGGCUAAGUGGGGAUUUGAAUCAUAGUCUCUCAGUAUUCUAGUCCAACAGCCAAACCACUACACCACAUUGGCUCUCAGUGAAGCAGUACUUACUAAUCUUAUUGCACAAGUACAACGAUGUGAAGAUAAUUUGCAGUCUUGGAAGUGGUAACAAAGCAUAACUAGAUGGGCUGUACAAUAAUAGACAGACUCAAGUGUGAAUAAUUGCAAAGCAAUGUGAAUGUGCAUUUGAACUCUUAAAUUUAAAUUUCUAGGAAGAAAUCUUGAUAUCAUUGAAAGAUGUCACAUAUUUUUAGAGUGCAGGCCCAAAGGCCCAACAGAAUAUUAGGACCUACUACAAAAAAGACAGAGAAUAAGAAAAAUGUGUAUAAUUUGGGAGUUUAUCGCACCAUCCUUUCCUGCCAAGCUAGGCACAGGAUGAAAACUUUUAAACACAGAUUUUAUUGCAUGCCUCCAUGCUCAGGCAGGAGGCAUCCCAUACCCGAUCAUGGCAUCCUGUACUCGAUCCGUACCCGAUCACGACUUCUCCAGCACUUUUUGAAAGUACAGGAUAUUCCCGUUCUUUGCAAAGUGCGGGAGAAGUCCGGAUCAGGUAUGGAUUAGGUACAGGAUGCCUGCCUGGGCACAGGGACGUGAAAUAAUAUCCGUGUUUAAAUGUUUUCAUCCUGCGCCUAGCUCCGGAGGAAAGGAUGAGAAAGAGAAGUGCGAUAACUACUUGCAGUAGAUUUAAAUCAAGGGCAUGCUUGCAUGCCAAGUAUCAUAGAUCCUGAGUUUUUUUAAUUUGGAAAAAUGAUGGCUAAGCAGUGAGCUGGGCGAUACUGCUUUGUGAUUGAAAUAACAUUAGGAAAGCAGGAGCUAUUUAUCCUUCUACAUAUCUUAAGAAACAAGUCACCAGAAAAGAUUAAUGUCUAGUAGGCUUUAAAACCUAGGAUAAUGGCCAAUAAGAGAUUAUGUACUUUUGCUCCAGACCCCUUCUCUCCUGCAGCCUUGCGCUUGGCCUAAAAAACUGGCCAAUAAGCCCUGAAGCCUGGAGUAGAUUUUUGGAUAUCACAGAAUGCUGAAAGGUGUUUGACAAAAAUUCUGACACUACUGCAAGUAUCAUCUUGGAUUUAGGCCUAUGUUGCAUUUUUCAAAGACCACAACUGUUGUAUGGAAUAUCUUGCUAGUUGGAAUAAAAAUACCAUAUAUUCAAUAUCAUCUAGGUAAAAUUAUGCAAAAUACAAAAUACCAGUAGAUCUUAAAUUAUUAAAUGCACCGUUUCCUGCCUCCCCAGCAUUCAUAUCUUUAAGAUGUUCUUAGAACAGGUAAUGGAGUAUUCCCUUGCAUGCUCACCACAUUAUAUUGCUCUGCAAUAUAAUAAGCAACUGCUGAAUGCAAGACUAAACUGAUCUUUGAAUGGGUUUUGUUAUUAUUAUAUUACAAUCAAUGGAUUGCAACUUGGUAUUUAUUCUGGUCUUGUUGUAGCAGUGGAGCUCAGGUCCUUGCUUUUCUAUUCAGUGCAAUGCAGCAA